AUGGUGGUGGUGGUCACAGGCAGCCUGGCCCCGGGUGAAGGCAGCCUGGCCCCGGGUGAAGGCAGCCUGGCCCCAGGUGAAGGCAGCCUGGCCCCAGGUGAAGGCAGCCUGGCCCCGGGUGAAGGCAGCCAGGCCCCGGGUGAAGGCAGCCUGGCCCCGGGUGAAGGCAGCCUGGCCCCGGGUGAAGGCAGCCUGGCCCCUGGUGAAGGCAGCCAGGCCCCGGGUGAAGGCAGCCAGGCCCCGGGUGAAGGCAGCCAGGCCCCGGGUGAAGGCAGCCUGGCCCCGGGUGAAGGCAGCCAGGCCCCGGGUGAAGGCAGCCAGGCCCCGGGUGAAGGCAGCCAGGCCCCGGGUGAAGGCAGCCUGGCCCCGGGUGAAGGCAGCCUGGCCCCUGGUGAAGGCAGCCAGGCCCCGGGUGAAGGCAGCCAGGCCCCGGUUGAAGGCAGCCUGGCCCGGGUGAAGGCAGGCCCGCCCCUGGUGAAGGCAGCCAGGCCCCGGGUGAAGGCAGCCUGGCCCGGGUGA